AUUAGGGUUAGGGUUUUCUUUCUCUUCUCGUUUCUCUUUCCCUCAACCUUCCUGACCACGGCCAUUAUUAUGCUGUGGUAGAAAGGAAGGAAAAUAAUUAGAACAUCUACUUCAGUGGCAGAGUACUUGAUAUAAAAACCCCAGAAACCCUAGCUUUCCGGGUUGUCCAUUGGCUGUAGAUCCAUGACAAUGGAUGCAAAGCGAAAGGAGGGAGAAGGAGGGGUAGUGGAAAUUGUAGAGGAAGGUAACGUGCUUGGCGCUUCGAACCAACCGGACAAGUUGGAUGUGGUUGAAGAACUAGUGGGGGUGGUUGAAUCAGUGGCUCGGUUUGGAGAUUACCGAAGGACGCAGAGGAAAGAAUGCUGCGGUAUUGUUAGGCGCAUGAAGGUCUUGUUGCCGCUUUUUGAAGAGAUCAGGGACCUCGAAAAGCCGCUUCCGGAGGCUGGUGUUGCUUGGUUGUGCAAUUUGAAGAAGGCUUUUCUCAUGGCAAAGAAAUUAUUGAAAACCUGCAAUGAGGGUAGCAAGAUCUAUCUGGCAUUGGAAAGCGAGGCGGUCACAGUCAAAUUUUAUGCCGUCUAUGAAAAAUUUAGUCAAGCUUUGGAUGGUUUCCCUAGCGAGGCGCUUGAGGUCUCGGAUGAAAUGAAAGAGCAGAUUGAGCUAAUGAGCGUGCAACUUAGAAGAGCAAGGAAGCGAACGGAUACACAGGACAUAGAACUAGCAAUGGAUAUGAUGGUGGUGUUUUCUAAAACGGAUGACCGGAAUGCUGACAGUGCCAUAAUAGAACGAUUAGCAAAUAAACUGGCGCUGCAUACCAUUGAGGACCUUAAGAUAGAGACAAUAGCUGUGAGGAACCUCGUUAGAGAAAGAGGAAGGCAAAAUGCAGAGACUACCCAAAAGAUCAUUGAUCUUCUUAACAAAUUCAAACAAGUUGCAGGCAUGGAAGUCACAAAUGUUCUUGAAGAUCCUGUAAUGCCUAAAAUGCUUGAGAAGUGCACAUCUUUGAUUAUCCCUCACGAGUUCCUUUGCCCGAUCACACUUGAGAUAAUGACGGAUCCUGUUAUUGUUGCAAGUGGACAGGUAAUCUCUAAGUGUUUAAUCCCCUUGUAUUUGCAUUUUCUUUGUUUGGGCAAGUAG